AUGCUUUCUGAAAGCAGUUCAUUUUUAAAGGGUGUAAUGCUUGGAAGCAUUUUCUGUGCCUUGAUCACUAUGUUAGGACACAUUAGGAUUGGUCAUGGAAGUAGAAUGCACCACCAUGAGCAUCAUCAUCUCCAAGCGCCUAAUAAAGAAGACAUCUUGAAAAUUUCAGAGGAUGAACGCAUGGAACUCAGUAAGAGCUUUCGGGUAUACUGUAUCCUCCUUGUCAAACCCAAAGAUGUGAGCCUCUGGGCUGCAGUGAAAGAAACAUGGACCAAUCACUGUGACAAAGUAGACUUUUUCAGUUCUGAAAAUGUUAAAGUGUUUGAGUCAAUUAACAUGGAAACAAAUGACAUGUGGUUAAUGAUGAGAAAAGCUUACAAAUACGCCUUUGAUAAAUAUAGAGACCAAUACAACUGGUUCUUCCUUGCACGCCCCACUACAUUUGCUAUUAUUGAAAACUUAAAGUACUUUUUGUUAAAAAAGGAUCCAUCACAACCUUUCUAUCUAGGUCACACUGUAAAAUCUGGAGAUCUGGAGUAUGUGAGCAUGGAAGGAGGAAUUGUCUUAAGUAUAGAAUCAAUGAAGAGACUUAACAGCCUUCUCAGUAUUCCUGAAAAGUGUCCUGAACAGGGAGGGAUGAUUUGGAAGAUAUCUGAAGAUAAGCAGCUUGCCGUCUGCCUGAAAUAUGCCGGAGUGUUUGCAGAAAAUGCAGAAGAUUCUGAAGGAAAAGAUAUAUUUAACACCAAAUCUGUUGGGCUUUUUAUUAAAGAGGCAAUGACUAAUCACCCAAACCAGGUAGUAGAAGGAUGUUGUUCAGAUAUGGCUGUUACUUUUAAUGGACUGACACCUAAUCAGAUGCAUGUAAUGAUGUAUGGGGUAUACCGUCUUAGGGCAUUUGGGCAUGUUUUCAAUGAUGCAUUGGUUUUCCUACCUCCAAAUGGUUCUGACAAUGACUGA